AUGUGCGGUGUGGUCAAACGCACAAGAAAAGACGCGGCCGAGCGAGGAGCUGGGGUCCCCCCUUCCUGCCUGAGGCGCUGCGUGACAGCUGUUCCUGAGGAAAAGCAACGUUCUGUUGAUCUUAUCGAAAAUAAUUGUGUUUAUGGCAACACCAAACAUGAAGUUAACGUGUAUGUUAAGAUGUUUACAAAUAGCCCAUUUCUAGUAUGUAUGAAUUUGGCUCGUUCUCAAGAAGAAGUAAUAGAUCCCAAGUAUAUGUGGAUUGGUCCAGAUGGAAAAAAUUUAGAAGGGCAAAUGUAUGUGAAUCUUACAGAAACAGGAAAGCUGAUGGUGAUGGGUUUUAAGGAGUCUAUGUCUGGAGCCUACACUUGCAGUCUUUCUCACAAAAUUAUAGAAAUUACAACACAAGAAGAAAGAGAAAUGUUUGAGGCAUAUAAAUUCAUGGUAUAUGCCUACAGGGAAGCUGACCAUGCGUAUCAGGUGUUUGUUCGCUUUACUACGAAGGAAUGCGAGCUAGCAGCUAACGGCCAGUUCUUUGAGGAACUACAGAAAAUCUUAAAUAACAUCAUCUCUGAUCUGACGUGUCACAUCACAGAAUCAUCCUACAAAUGCCAUUCUGUCAAGAUACCAAAGCAAGGCCUCCUGCAUGAGCUAUUUGUUACUUUUCAAGUCAAUCCUUUCGCACCAGGAUGGGAAGCAGUUUGCCAUCGGGUUCCUUACGAUUGUGAAGAUGUGACAAACAUGAGAGUUGAAGAGGCAAGAGAUCGAAUUGGAGAGUUUUUCAGUAGGCAGACAUAUGCUUUGAAGCACGAGUUUCAAACUGUUCCUACAAUACACUACGUGGACAACAGUUUCUCUGUUACUCGCAUGGACAGUUGCCGACCAGGUUUUGGGAAAAACGAUCUCACCCACAAGGACUGCGCUAGUUGCUGUGUGGUUUGUGAUCCUGGAACUUACAGUUCUAACAAUGAAGUGACCUGCCGGAUUUGUACAAGGCCUCGAGUCAAAAAGUAUGGAGCAAGAUCUUGCUGAUAAACUGAUGACAGAAAUGGGAAAACCAAAGAGCAGCUGUGGAAGCAUUAUUGGGUUUGUGAUGUUCUUUUCGUUUUUAGCUGCCAAAUCUGGAUUCCUACAUUCCUUUUUGAACAACUGCAAAACAUCACCAUUCACAGCCCCCUAGAUUUUCUAUAUUCAGGGACCACUUUGACUGGAAAAACGAUGCAUAAUCUGAAGGUAAAGCAAUUCAAUGAAAAAAGGAAGUUUGUCAUGUGGCUGUCAGUGCAAAGAGUCGGUUUCUUGGUGGUGACACCAGGCCACAGCUUUGUGCUGCAGUUUGCUCAGAGAGCAUAAAGGAGCCAUGAGCAAUUCAGGGAAAGAUGGCAGAGAAUUGUAGUGAAUUAUGGGCCAUAAUGACACACGCCAGAAUCUAUAGGAGCAAUUUCUAGCAGAUAUUAAUAGAAGUAUUUAAUCUUUGUGAUUUAGAAAAACAUUAAGUGCCCUUCCCUUUGCUUUUCCCCAUUUCUUCUGCUGUGUCUGAAGUGUUCCAUCCUGCCCUGUGCAGAACUGUACAAUGCACCAGUUAACGGUCCCUGACCCACCCCGGGCUGUCUGUAUUGCUCUGCCAGGAGGAGCUCUGCUGAGGAGCAGAUACCAGCAGAGUAGAAAGUGAAAUCAGGGCUCUCAGAGACAAGAGAGAGGGUUAAUAACAAAUCCUACAGCCCAGCAGUCAGGAGAAUUAAGGACCCAGCUUUUACGGUUCUUCUUGCCUGCCGCCCCCCAGAAAGAAGCGGGUGUAUCCCAGGGAGGGGAUGCAGAGAGGCUGCAGAGCCUCCUCUGCCUGCUUGCUGCUGCGUCUUUUCCUUCAGCUGCAUCAAAUCCCACUGGCAGUGCUCUGCUGGCCCCAGGUGCUGUGCUGUAUGAGCAGAUGAGCCUCUUACACCAGCUGUAAAUUCCCUCUCAAGUUCACCGGAUGAGUAAUGAGUCAAAAUACAAGUUGCCAAAGCACUGAGAUAAUGGGAAAGUUUUCUUUCCAGAAAAGACUUCCCCUGGUCUGCUUUUGAAGGUUAGCUGCUGGAUCUACAGCUGGAUCUGCAGCAAUGGAUCAUUUUGCUCAUAAAACGCUAUUAGUCAAGAGUAUUUUACUGCUCUCAAGAGCUUCAUGAGUAGCCCCAACUACUCACCAGCCCCUGUACGGUGCAGAGCGGGGGCUGUGUGAGCCUGCUGGAGCCACCAGCCUGCCACAGGCUUCUGAAGCUCCCGAGGUGCAGCACCGGACCACGGGCUUUUAGGACGUGCUUUUAGGCUUUGUAAGCUCUGUCCCACUGGGAGCUGCUGCCUUCCAGGCUCGCUCUGGGGAGGGACACCAGAGAACUCCCACCCUCCUUUCCCUCAUGGAGCACAGCCAGCCAGCUCAGUCCCUUUGGAAGCUGCUUGUGUGACCCCCCACAAUCCCAGCACAUGGAACGCCGUGCCCAGCUACCCGGCACAGAACCAUUCCUUCCUUUUUCGCACUGUGUAGGACUAAGUCAAGCAAAAGAGCACCUCCUACUCCAUAACUGUGACUUCUUAUGGCAUCUAGAAAUUCCUUGGUGGGUAUUCAUCCAAAAAUCGACCAGAUUCAACCCACUUUAACUUAUCCAUUUUGACAGGAACACAGCAGGAGAUGGUACGGGCACAGACCACGCUCCGAGCUUUUCAGAAUCAUUACUUAUUAAAUACUGAUGAAUAAAAUGUACUGUAACGAGCA